UUUUUUUUGAUUUGGAAUAUAUAUAAAUACAACAACAUGCUUCUUAUCUAUUGUCAUUCUUCUUCUUCUUUUUUUUUUCAUUGAAUUCUUAAUAAAAAUAAAAUGGUUGAAUUUUUUCGAAGACAAACAAAGCAAUUAAAUAGAUCAAGGAAGCCUAAUCCGUUAAAGAAUAUCAUUAGUCGCACUAAUAAAAAGGAAGAAGUUCCAUUACUACCAUUAAACUCUGGUUUGACUUCACCUACAAUAGUAUCACCCAUAAUUACAAAUUCAGCUUCAAGGCAUAAUGAUCCCUAUACGCCUCAUAUUUCUCCAACUGCAACAAAAGCUGUUAAACAAAUGAAUCACAUGAAUACCACUAAUCAUACACCUUCUUAUAAUAACAAUAAGGGAAGGCCAUCUAAUGUAAACCACUCUGAUACAAUGAAUCCCUUUGAAUCACGUACGCAUCAUAAAUCUUCCUUAGAAGAUAAUUAUCAACAUUCCUAUUUUGAUAAUCCUGAUCAGUAUCGUACAGGUCCUUUAACUCCAACAACAGUCAAAACUGAAAUCUAUUCUACUCAAUCUAUCAUGACAACAACGCCACCUAAUCAUGUUACACUUUAUAGUCAACAAUGUUAUACAAGCACUACCUUUUUAUCUUCACAGUCUCCUCUAUCUCCUUCUUUAUCAUUACCUCCGUUAUCACCUACUAAUGUAUCACUUGCUACUAGUAGUAAUAAGCCCUCUUGGAGAGAAAUGAAACAUGCGGCUACUUAUCAACCCGCUGCAUCUAUUUCAAGUACGGAUAAUGAUGAAGAUGAUUCUUUAGGUGCAUUAGCUACACCGUCUUCAAUAGAAAAUCCUUUAAUUGAUUUAUUAGGUGAUAAUUCAAGUGAGGAAGAGGAUGAUGACGAUGAUUUAAUACCCAUUGGCCAGUUAUCUCUUUGUCGUAACAAUGAUAUUCAUCAUUUAUCAGCUGCUGAAAAAUACAAAGCAAAAGUAAGGGCAAAACUUGAUAUGGGCUUUACUCCAGAUGACAAUCAUAAAGUCAAGCUACUUAUUUAAAUUUAUUAUUUCAUUUAUUUUAUUUCGUUUUCUUCUGUACUUAUUUAUUUCCCUCUUUGUAUAUAUAAAAUAAAUAAAAAUGUAUAAUACUUUUAUGCAUUUAGAUUUCUCCUUCUUCAAUUAUACUACACUUGGACAAUUUUUUUUU